CCCACUGUUCACUUCCUUACCGCCUCUACAAUGAUGAUCAAGAUCGUAUUGGCAGUUUCAAUGAUCUUGGCGGUAGUGACAGCUUUCCCACAGUACGGCCAUCAUGAUCACGGGUUCCACGUGGAGUACAAGGAGGACUACUACGACCCUCACCCCAAGUACAAAUUCGAGUACGGCGUCCACGACAGCCACACCGGCGACAUCAAGAGCCACAAGGAGGAGCGCGACGGGGAUGUGGUGCACGGCAGCUACGAGCUGGUGGAGGCGGACGGUUCCAAGCGCGUCGUCCACUACACAGCUGACCACCACACUGGCUUUAACGCCGUCGUCCACCGGGAACACAACGUCCAUCCUCAACAUUACCAUCAUCAUGAGCAGCAUGCUCCAGCAGAUCAUUUGUUUUCUCAUCACUACUAAAUUAUUGAUUAUAAUGUUGUCAAAGUAAUA